CAAGUGGGGACAUGCUGUGCCAGCGCUCCCUGCUGCUCACCCUGGUGGGUCUGCUCUCCCUCAGGUCCGCCCUCUCCCAGGAGUGCACCACAUACAAGGUCAGCACGUGCCGGGACUGCAUAGAGUCGGGGCCCGGCUGCACCUGGUGUCAGAAGCUGAACUUCACUGGGCGAGGGGAGCCUGAGUCCCACCGAUGUGACACACGGGAGCAACUGCUAAUGAAAGGCUGUGCCCCUGAUGACAUCAUGGACCCCAGGAGUCUCGCCGAUACCCAGGAUGACCUAGUGGGGGGCCAGAAGCAGCUGUCCCCACAGAAAGUGACACUCUACCUGAGACCAGGUCAGGCAGCUGCAUUCAAUGUGACUUUCCGGCGGGUUGAGGGCCACCCCAUCGACCUGUACUACCUCAUGGACCUGUCCUACUCCAUGCUCGACGACCUCAUCAACGUGAAGAAGCUGGGAGGUGACCUGCUCCAGGCCCUCAAUGAAAUCACCAAGUCUGGCCGCAUCGGCUUCGGGUCCUUUGUGGACAAGACGGUGCUCCCCUUCGUCAACACGCACCCCGAGAAGCUGAGGAACCCGUGCCGCGACGAGGAGAAGGAGUGCCAGCCCCCAUUUGCCUUCAGGCACGUGCUGAAGCUCACUGACAACACCAAACAGUUCCAGACAGAGGUCCGGAAGCAGCUGAUCUCUGGAAACCUGGAUGCCCCUGAGGGUGGGCUGGACGCCCUGAUGCAAGUGGCCGCCUGCCCGGAGGAAAUCGGCUGGCGUAACGUCACGCGGCUGCUGGUGUUCGCCACGGACAAUGGCCUCCACUUUGCGGGUGACAGGAAGCUGGGCACUAGCCUGACCCCCAAUGACAGCCACUGUCAGCUGGGGAACAACACGUACAAACAUGGCAAGAAAUUCGACUACCCGUCGGUGGCCCAGCUGGCCCACAAACUGGCUGAAAACAACAUCCAGCUCAUCUUCGCUGUGACUAGGAGAAUGGUGAGAACCUACGAGAAGUUCACCGAGAUCAUCCCCAAGUCGGCGGUUGGGGAGCUGUCAGAGGAUUCCAGCAACGUGGUCCAGCUCAUUAAGGAUGCCUACAACAAACUCUCCUCCAGGGUGUUUCUGGAUCACAGUACCCUCCCUGACACCCUGAGAGUCACCUACGACUCCUUCUGCAGUAACACAGUAUCCUACGAGAACCAGCCCAGAGGGGACUGUGAUGGCGUCCAGAUCAAGAUCCCGAUCACCUUCCAGGUGAAGGUCACGGCCGCCGAGUGCGUCCAGGAGCAGUCGUUUGUCAUCCGGGCGCUGGGCUUCUGGGACACGGUGACCGUGCAGGUCCUGCCCCAGUGCGAGUGUCAAUGCCGGGGCGCGAGCCGGGACCGCAGCCUGUGCCGGGGCCAGGGCUCCAUGGAAUGCGGUAUCUGCAGGUGCGAUGCCGGCUACAUUGGGAAGAACUGUGAGUGCCAGACGCAGGGCCGGAGCAGCCAGGAGCUGGAAGGAGGCUGUCGGAAGGACUACAACUCCCUCGUCUGCUCGGGGCUGGGGGACUGCGUGUGCGGGCAGUGCAUUUGCCACAAGAGCGACGUGCCCAACAAGGAGAUCUUCGGGCAGUUCUGCGAGUGCGACAAUGUCAACUGCGAGCGCUUCGACGGCCAAGUCUGUGGGGGCGAGAGGCGGGGAAGCUGCAAAUGUGGCCAGUGCCAGUGCCGGGAGGGCUUUGAGGGCUCGGCAUGCCAGUGCCCAAAGUCCACUGAAGGCUGCCUGAACCGGCGGGGGGUCGAGUGCAGCGGCCGUGGCCGGUGCCGCUGCAACGUGUGCGAGUGCGACGCCAACUACCAGCCGCCCCUGUGCGAGGAGUGCCUGGGCUGCCCGUCACCCUGCGGCGGCUAUGCCUCCUGUGCCGAGUGCCUGAAAUUCGACAAGGGGCCCUUGGAGAAGACCUGCAGUUUGGAGUGUAAGAACCUGAGGCUACUGGACAGACCCCCUGGGUUGGGUAAGACAUGCAAGGAGCAGGACUCGGAGGGCUGCUGGAUGACCUACACACUGCUGCAGCGUGACGGGAGAGACAGCUACAGCAUCCACGUGGACGAGAGGCGAGAUCCAUAUGGGGCCCUGUAA